AUGGGACUGGUGAAGGACAAAUCUGGGGAUGAUGCCAAAACCCAAGCUCUGGGUUCUGCUGUACCGACAGUCACCCCCACUGAGCCCUGUCCCUUCUCCCUUCCAGCCCAGACCCUCAGCUUCGCUGGUGCCCAGACCACCCAGCUCCUGGUGGAGCCCCCAUGGAGGCCGGCGGCGCUGUGGGACCGGGUGACACUGACCUGCCAGGGCUCGGGGACUGCCGGUGCCACCACCUGGUACAAGGACGGGCAGCGUUGGUGGCAGGAGGGACCUGACCGCCUCACUGUCACUGAGAAUGGCACUUACGAGUGUAACAGAACCGGCACUGGGCUCAGCCUCCCCAUGAGAGUCUUGGAUGACUGGCUGGUGCUGCAAGUGCCAGCAAGGCCACUGCUGGAGGGGGACAGGGUGACAGUGCGCUGCCGGGACCGGUGGAACAACCUGGUGACCUGGGUGUCCUUCUACCGUGAGGAGAAGCAGCUGGUGGAGCUCCGAAAUGGGACAGAGCUGACCCUGUUCCCUCUGCAGCCGCACCAUAGUGGGCGCUACCACUGCAGGGGCUGGCUGAAAGACAGGCAGUGGGUGGUGUCUUCACCGGUGACAGUGACAGUGCAUGCCCCCCUCCUGCACGUGUUCUACAAGGACAGGCAGGUGGUAGGGGGCCCGCAGGGGUCCCCACAGCUGCUGGUGCCCGCCGUGGGGAUCUCCCACUCAGGGAAUUACAGCUGCCAGGUGGGCUCCAAGGUGCCUGUGGCCAAUGCCACCAUCACCCCAUGUCCUCUGGCACAUGAGGUGCGUGCUGGUGACAACGUGACCCUGCGCUGCUCAGUGCAGGUGGGCUCAGCCCCUGUCACCUUCACCUGGCUGCACAACGGGCAGGAGGUGGCUCAGAGUCCCCUCUUGGAGCUCAGGGACAUCGAUGUAGGACAUUCAGGCACCUACCAGUGCGUGGCCACCAACCAGCUGGGACAGGACGGGCACCAUGUGUUCCAGGCACCCAGCCCCGAGCUUGUCCUGGAGGUGACACCGUGGGGACAAAGGGUCACAGGUGGGGUCACAUGGGGUCACCAGGGAGUACAGGACACCUGGGGUGAUGGGUGAUCCUGAUGUGUCCCCCUCUGUUUCUUGCAGUGGCUGCAGGGGUCGGUGGGGCCCUUUUGUUCCUGCUCGUGCUCGUGGGUGCCAUUGUGGCCUGGCAUUGGUGGCACCGUGUGGGUGGGUGACAAUGGGGGGAUGGGGGUCCCAGGGAGCU